AUGCUGAGUAGUAAAGAUUUGAGUAGUACACAAAAACCCAACAUUGGCACCAGCCAACAAGUGCCGGGAAACCGCCGAAAUGCGAUAGAUGUCAUAGAUCUUCUUAGCGACGAUGACGAGGAAGGGGCAUCCUCCAGGCACGAUGCCAGCCGCCGUAGCGAUGAGCCUCAAAUGCAUGCCUCUAAUAAACGCUUUGAAAUGAAACCCAUAUGUGUGCGAAAGUCGCACACCAACAGUUCUCCCCUUGGCCAUCAAUUUACGUAUGCCCGACGUUCGAUUCACGCAAUGGCGGAGCGUCUUGUUGUAGUUCGAUCACAGCAACAAGAGCAUGCACAUUCAACACAAUCGCCUUCCACCAGUGGAAUCAUUUUGAACCGGACAUACAGCAAAAAAUCUUCCAAUAACAGUUCCACAGGCUCCAAGAACAUGUACGAAGUUUUCGAUCUCACUUCUUCGGAUUCAGUACGUGACACGAGAAACUGCCUACCAUUGCUAAACAACAGAAACUCAGAGAGCAGUAGUCGUGGAGUAAUUCGUUCUACAUCACCCAGAUAUGCACCACCUGUUAUUGACAUAACUGGCAGCAAACGUACCGAGCAACGGCCGAGUUUUGUUCGCCGAUCGUUUCAUAAACCGUCUACAUCGAGCUCAGUUGUCACAACCAUCGAUUUGGAACAAGAAUUGUCGGCUGAUAAUGAGCCUACUUCUCCGACCGUGAAAACACAUGACAAGAACGAUGCAUCGAGUCGCUUGUCACCGGCAGUUAUUGCGACAGAUACACUGAGUGUUCCAUUGGCCGAAAUGAGAAAACAAUCGGUCUUAGCUGAGCACAUGGAUGUUUCUGAUGGAGAGGAGAUAAACCUGGAGCUGUUGGACGGAACGGAACAACCAGUCGUUGGGUGUUCGGCCAGAGACACUGUUUCGCUCGUUGAACGAUCACCAAAAGAUCCUUCUAUCGAAGGCGGUGUUCCCGAUGCGCAAGAGCAGUGCCGUUCACCGGAGGCACCGGAUGAUGGUAGUUCGAUGGAAAAUUCGUAUGGCGACGUGUCGAGUUCCGGAUGCGCAAAAUAUUCCUCCACGAAACACAGCUUAGGCCAUCGACAGGGUGAAUGUCAGCGAAGGCAGUCGAUGAACGAGUUCGAUCUAAAACUGGCAGAAAUCAACGAAACCAUGUCACCGAUGACGCACAAGGAUCGGGUCGAACAGUGGCGCGUUACGGAGGAAGACCUCCUUCACUCGAUUCCAACGAAGUCACAAAUCGAAGCUAGUAGUUUGGGUCCCAAGCGUUCAUUCUUCGAAAUGGUGCACAUCUCCAGCGAUGAAGAUUCGAAUGAUCAGGAGGCGGAACCGGGUUCCAGAGGCAGUUUGUUGGCAAACAAAAAACGACGCUCUGGUUCAAAAAGUUUCCCUGAAACAUCGCGUUCGCUGGACGACGGCAGCGACUUGGAUUUUCGUAAAGAUCAAAUUAACCCGGAAAUUGAUAAACGACCAACUGCCCAGCCAACCAUGAUCGUAGAAAGAAAAAAUUACCACAAAUUACCGAUCCGGUUUCGUCCUUGCGAUGGGUGCUAUCUCGCAUCAUCGAGGGAUAAGUUAAAGAUAUGUGACCGAUCGAGCUCUUGUGAUUGCCGUCGUUGGCAAUCGUUCCAAGUUGGACAGUCGAUUGUUCCGGAAAAUCGUAGCAAGGACAAAGCCUAUGCUCAGUUGCUGAGUAGGGAUAGGGAGCGUGAUAACUUCCUUAACUACUUGCGCAUCAGUCCGUUCCAUCGGGCGUCCCAACAACAACACACUGCCGAUGGAAGCAGGACAAAUCCACCCUACCCCCUAACGGAGCCGAUGGCAACUGGAGCAGGCAUUAGUGUCCCUCAAACUGAAGCCAACUUUGCUAAAGCUUCGGCUGGGACGGUAAAGAACAAAGUCAAGCACUCGGUUCAGCGCGUUAUUCACAGGAAAACGCGCCCAAAGCCGAAGAAAAAAUCAUCUACCAAAAGCAAACCGCAUUCGUCCAUUAUUGCCAGCAGCGGUAUUCUUGGCGUAAGGCGGCUUGUAUUACGUAGCUCACUGCGAAGCGGUAAGAUUAUACGUUAUCGCAGUACGUUUGUAGGUUUGCGCCAAAACUCACGAGCGAAAGCACCCAAGCCUCAUCCGGGCAAAGUGGAAGCGGAAGUUCCACCUUCCCCCGUUGACAUGAAGGUUGAAAACACGGUGCAAUCAAAAGAGGAAAUCACCACCGAUUCGCCCGCAUCGCACACUCCAUUCCAUCCACAGGAUGAAGGGAAGCGUCUGCAGCACUCACUGCCACCAACAUUGCCACCAUCUUCGUCGCCGGUGAUUCGAAAGUCGAAACGUUCGCACCAGCCAACCGUCAAAUCGCUGCGAUGUUCUGUCGAUAGUGCCGUUAGCAGUUCGACCAGUGCCGACAUUCAUGAGAGUAAACGAUCAAAAGAGUGCCAGACGACGGAGACACUACUACCAUGCGUACCGGUGGCACCAGAGCCUCCGCGGUGUAUGAACGAUGGUAAACCAACGAGAAACCCAUUGAACCGAUCCGAGGGCGAGGUUCUGAAUGCGUUCCUGCUCGACGAACAGCUCAUCGUGGUACAGACGGGACUGGUGAGUUUCUGGAAAUACUCCCGACUAAGUGUGCUGCUGGGAGUGAAACAAGAGUGGCAACGCAUCGCCCAACAGCAGCGAUGGGUGUGUGACGCCGAGCUCGACACACAGAACGCCAACCGUAUCGGUUACAACGAUGGCAAUCCACACUACCUGGAACCGAGGGCACGAAAUUUAAAACACGAUGAAUCGCGAGCCUGCCCGCUGGCCUCGGUCUACGUUAAUGCGUAUUUUCUCGAUGUGCACCUAAAGUAUCCGGACCAACGGAACGAUGCAGCGGCAGAUGCGGAUCAAGGACAAACUGCUAUCGACGGUAGUGAUUUGGACGAAAGUGGUGUUUACGAGCAAAUCAUACGAUUGAAAUCCUAUCAGCUGGACACUAUAAAAAGUGCCCUCGAAGACGUACUUUUCGUGCCGCUGCCAAACUCGCGCUACUUCAUCGUCUGCUGGUACGAGCACAUCUCCGAGCUUGAAGCGCGGACGGGGCUGUGCAAAUACAGCUUGACGCCCGACCUGGAGACACUAGCGAGCAUCCGUGAAUUUCCGAUCGUAAGACAGAAACUGACCAGUUUGAGGUGUGUGAACGAUAAAAAGCUACUGGGGCUUGGUGAAUCGACGGUACACAUAUGGUGCUACGAAAGCGGGUCUUUGUUGCGUACGAUCGAUCUGAAGAUCACUCUCGGACUUGUCAUCGGCAGUUUUUUGCACGAAGAAGAGAUGAUAAGUACACUGUUUCUGAUGCAACUGCAGAAGUUGCCGACAUCCAGCGAAAACAAUCGGAAACGCAUCAAAAUGAUCGCCAUUAAUUUACACACAGCCACCUGGUAUGUUGGGCACAGCUUCGACAUUGCUCUUACUUCAACGCGAGUGACGGGAGAAAGUCAAGUUCAAAGUUCCGCUGCCGUUGACGAUCGCCAAACCAGUCAACGGUACUGCGUGACUUUUCAGAGCGGGGAACUGUUGCUCAUCAACCUGAGCGAUCCGACUGUCUGCUGGACGAACCAUAAAAAGCUGGAGAAGGAUAUUCUGCACGCGGAAGAGAACUCCUUUCACGUCUGUUCGCGCUUACGUAGCAAAACGGGUGAAGUUUAUCGGCCGAAAGAACGGUUACUGAAUGUGUACAACUGGCACGAUGGACGCGAUCUUUUGCUAUACAGUGAUCAAUGUUUGUCCAUUAAAUCGAUUGACGAGUACAUGUUGGAGUGCAAAUGAUCGAAGAAAGUGGAUACCGAUGGGAGGUGUAAAAAUGUUAGUAUUUUGCUUAUGUUUGCGUUUGCGUUCAGAAGUUUAUUAAUCAUAAUUACAUAAUUUCAAUUAAAUGUGAGAUUUUUUUCACAACUUUGCAAGAGAGCUUGUAGAACAAAUUCGUACGAUCUUAAAUGACACUUGUAUGUUCACCUCGACUUGAUAAGCGGUAACACGAACGUGCUGUUAAGGAUAAUAUUUAUUUGUGUUACAUUUUUUCCCUUAGGUGAAAAGUGAGGUAAAAUGAAUUCAGUUCUAUAAUGUAAAGAGAAUUCGACAAAGAAAAAAUGAAGUAACGGCUUCAUUCCUUGAUUUCAGAAUAAAAUAUUCGAUUGAUGUACAUAUGUAUGAAACAAAAGUGCUGGUAAAUUGCGAAAA